AUGGGAAACCAUGAGAUGUUAGAAAUUGUCCCUGCUCCUCAAGAUUAUAUUAGCGAUGUUGUGCUUUUGGCGGACAGGUCUCUUAUUGUCGUGACUUCUUGGGAUGGCUCAAUGACAUUAUAUGAGUAUGAUGUGGGUAGAAUUACUCUGAAGGAACGGUUGACUCAUAGAUUCGCACUAACAAGUUGCUGUUACGUUGAAUCACUGCAUAAAUUAUAUGUUGGAACUGUUCAGGGAGAAAUAUUGGAGGCUGAUUUAGAUUCCAAAAGGUUCUGUCCUGUAGCAAAUAACAAAGCGGAGUUAGGGAUAUCAAGUAUAUGUCGCUAUCGUAAAUCUAUAAUAUUCGGAUCAUGGGAUGGCCUACUUCAGGUCAUUGAUUGCAGUACCAAUCUAAUCACGACACAACAGAGCUUACCAAAAGGAUCGAAAGUACUGUCUAUGGAUGCGAACGAUAGUAAGCUAAUAGUUGCUACAACUGGUAACAAGACGAUAUGUUUUGAACUACCUUUGAAUGGUAGCAAUGGGUUUGAGGUCGAAUCCGGUUUAAAAUAUCAGGCCAGAAGAGUGAAAUUGACGCCGGAAGGUGAUGGUUACGUUUCAAGUUCCCUGGACGGUCGCGUUGCAGUUGAAUAUUUCAACGAUAGCGCACGGAAAUUUGCCUUUCGAUGUCAUAGAAUGAACCUUGUGGAUAUCAAUUUUGUGUUUCCUGUCAAUGCGCUAGGUUUUGUGCCCAAUAAGCCGCUUCUAUAUACCGGUGGAUCUGAUGGUAACGUAUCUUGCUGGAACAUAGUCUCACGCAAGAAGAUAGAGCAGUUGCCCAAGUUCAAUGAGAACGGCGUCGUUCAAUUGGCAUGUAGCGACAAGAUAUUAGUUGUGGCGACAUCUGAUGAUUCUUUCAAGACAAAUGCUGUGAUAAAUGAAGAUUUAACUCAAUUACAACCAAGUAGACUGUAUAUUUUGUAUCUAUAA